ACCAACUUCACGAGAUACGAGCGACCCGGCGAUCAGUGUGUACUUGUGUAGUAUCCCGUUAGCAGAGUAGCGAAGUGUUGCUGUCGCAGUGCAGCACGCGAGGCGGGCACCGCGCAAUCGACUGGCUGGUUUCCGAGCGGAGAAAAGGACGUGAAUAGUAAACAAACGAUCGAGAAAAUAAGCAAACGAAUAACAGAAAGCGGUUGUUUGUCGAGUGGACGAUUUUAUUUAAUUAUUUAUUAAGUAAUAUAUACGGCGAUAUUCGCGGCUUCCUCUUUUUCGUCACCGGCUGUAAUUCGAGCUGGGAUUGUUGCGGAAACAACGACGAGAUAUACGGUCGAAGGAAUUCCUGGACACUGGCUGUCGGGGGUUAAAUUAUGACGGAAUUCGUUGUCACUCACCACCUGAGCUACGGAACGCGAUGAUGCGUGGGGUAUUUAACCACUCGCUGCUGCUGCAUCAUAUCGACGCGAAUGUGCGGAUGACGUUCAUACGCACACAAUUGGGGAUUAUAGCGUGAAACAAAGCUUGAGACCUACCGAUUAUUGCCUCAGUAUUAUGUUGCAAAAGGCGGUUUAAUCUUAUCGAGAAUUCUACUCGGCGUGCAAAUGCUAUGCGAAUUUAUUAUCCAUCGCGCCGUUUCUAGCCGUUUAUCUGAUAUAAACACUGGUUCGAUUAUUUUUUUUUUUCGUUUUUCUGCAAUGUGUGUGCGCGUGUUUGUCAGUUUUCGUGUGCAAUAAUGGAGUAAAGUUUCUAUCACACGAGUAACGAUAUCAUUAAUAAUAAAAAUAUAACGUGAUUUCAUUGAAAUGUGACAUAGCAUUGUGGAGGAGGAGGAGUAAAACAAAAGAAAAAAGACAAGAGAACAUCUGCACGAGAACUCGGCCGGUAACCCAAGUUUGAAACGGCGCGACGUUGGCAAUUGUUACUAAUUAAAUAAGAUUAAUUGUGAUGGAAGGGGAUGGCGAGGCGAUCCGGGCAGAUCCGGUGCUCGAGGAAACCUUUUACAUAACUUCUAAGAAAAACACGUUUUACCGAGUCAAGCUCACGGAGAAGGGUCUCAGCCUCCAAAAGGAGAGCAACGGAUCGACUAAGACCGAAACCAUCGCGUUGAGCGAUAUUAUCGGGUGCAGAUGCAUGCGGUCGAAGAAGCGGAACGCCGGAUCUUGUGUCUGUCACCCGGGCGCCUCUCGCACCCAACUGAAGGUCGUUGAAUCGAGCGAAAACUUCCAGCCCUACGACGAGCUCGACAUGUCCGCCUACCUCUACAUCUACUCUUACCCGAUGAAAAAACCCCGCGUCAAGGGUGCCAGAAGGCGCGAAAGAAGCACUCUUACCCUCAGGUUUCGCAGCUUCGACAAGUACGAGGACAAUCUAAGGGAAGCCAGCAGGUGGCGACUCGCCAUCAAGUGCCUCAUCGCCAGGGUACCCGUUCCCAAAUCGCUCCUCAGCCCUACCGACGCUAAUUUGGAACUCCUUCUCAGUGCGUGCCCAGGAGAAGACCGAAAGCUGUUGGUGCUACUGAAUCCGAAAUCGGGACCAGGCAGGGCGAGAGAAACGUUCCAACGGAGAGUUCAUCCGAUUUUGUCGGAGGCCGAGAGAUCGUACGACAUCCAUAUCACGAAGUACCCAAAUUACGCCAGGGACUUUGUCAGGUCGAAGGAUAUCUACCAAUGGAGUGGCUUGCUGAUGGUCGGUGGCGAUGGUAUCAUUUUCGAAGUCGUCAAUGGACUCUUCGAAAGGCCGGACUGGGAGAAAGCCGUGAAGCAGUUACCUCUCGGCAUCAUCCCUUGCGGAUCCGGAAAUGGCCUCGCCAAGUCCAUCGCACAUGCUACACAAGAGCCGUUUGACCUGAAUCCAAUGCUUAUCAGCACUCUAUCAGUCGUUAAGUGUAAAAAAACACCUAUGGACUUGGUGCGAGUGGAGACGAGGAAUCAGAUAAUGUUCUCGUUCCUCUCCGUCGGCUGGGGUUUGAUGUCCGACAUUGACAUCGAGAGCGAAAAACUUCGUGCUAUCGGUGGUCAAAGGUUUACCAUUUGGAGCCUGGCACGAAUAAUCGGGCUCAGAACGUACAAAGGCAAAGUGUCUUAUCUGCCGUACGACAAACCGAUUCUAAAAGAGAACGGCACUACCGGCAACGGAUUCCAGAAGGAUCGGCAACCCGACAUCGGCACGAUUUCUCAUUCAAAAAGCUACGGGGAUCAACUAGACCGGUACUCGACUAUCUGCGAAUCCAGGAGUUACCACGACGCGAUCGACGGUGAUCAGAUGGCCGAUACUCAGGAGAGGAUAAACGGUUUGGACGCCAAUGUCGACGAAGUUAUGACCGAGAGCCUCGCUCUGGAAACUGAAAAUCACAGAAGGAGGCUCGACAGCUUCUACUCGGUUACUUCGAAAAAGUCUACAUACUACAGUACUGGAGGUCUCUCCAGUUAUCAAAGUUUCUCUGAAUCGCAAAGCGCCGAACUAGGUAGGGGUGAAAGUGAGAAUCGAAUUAUGUAUGGCCCAGCAUCCACGUUGCCAGCAUUGACUGCAGCGCUUCCUCCAACGUGGACUCAAGUCGAAGGUGAUUUUAUAAUGGUCCAUGCCUCCUAUCAGACGCAUCUUGGACAGGAUUUCCUCUUUGCGCCUCGUGCUAAAUUGGCUGAUGGUGUAAUUUGGCUGCUUAUUAUUAGAGCGGGUAUCACCAGGGCACAUCUUCUGCAGUUUCUAUUAGGUCUAAGCAACGGUUCCCACCUCAACUGCCCUGGGGUUGAAAUGAUUCCUGUAAAAGCAUUCCGAAUAGAACCAGCCGAAGGUAUGGUCGGCUACUUGACGGUCGAUGGGGAGGCCGUAGAUUAUGGACCGCUUCAAGCCGAAGUAUUUCCAUCCUUAGCGAACGUUAUGAGCACUUGAUUACAAAAAUUCUGUAAUCGAAUUAGCUCAGGUUUUAGACAAAUUUAUCUCGCAAGGGUCAUUGAUUCCUCAAAGCUCAUUACCACUAGUUAUUAUAUUAUCAUUGUUUUGAGUUUUUCAAGGGGCCACAUUUACCACUUGCGCUAUUCUUGUUAUGUCUUGUUUAAAUAUUAGAGGUAAUUAUAUAUGGUACGGGUGAAAGUAUUUUACUCUGCCGAAGCAGUUGCAUUCGCAUAUUGUAAUUGCUGUAAGUAAAUUUUUUUUUAUUAUGAUGUAGAUAACGUUAUUUAAUUAUUUAAUUUCUAUUUUUUUUUCAAAUGAAAUAUAUGGCAAUCACUUUGUCGUUCCUGCACUUCUGAAGCUAUAAUACAUAUUGCGCGGUAUGGUCCGACUUCCAAGAUGCUAAUUAUUAUGUAUAUAUUUAGUGAAUCGCGAAAUUUCAACUAAUGUUUCAGACAAGAAAUAUAUUAUUGAUUCUAGUAUAAUACAAAAUCGCGUCCUCGUGUAUUCGGGAAAAUUUCCAGUAGACCUGAUUAGAUAUUAUGCAUAGAUUAAUACUGUGGUACUUAUUUAAAUGAACUUGGUUU